AUGGCCAUGAAGAUAAGCGUGUACGAGAAACUCCUCACGAAACUCAUACCUAGCCAAAGUCCUGACGUACAGCAGGCGAUUAGAAACGCACUGCACGAGAAUUCUAUGGUAGCUGAAGACGAUGUCUCAAUGUCAGACGAAAACUCACCGUCAGCCGAAGACACUAUUGAGGAUGAAAAUUCCGUCCUACUGGGAGUUGCCUCUCCCCUACGGGCUUAUUCCGAGCGCAGUAAACCAGUGGAAUGUGUAGGCGAAACCUCGACUAUUAGGUGGCUGGGAAUGCUUCUGGUAAAGCUACAAUUACCGAAUUUUAUGUCUGAAGAGCAUAUUAUGUCCAUGGCUUCAUAUGAUUUUUCCUGGAAGUUGGAAACAACUGCGAAGAUAGACGAUGUCAAUGAAAAAUGCAACUAUUUCUCCGGCGAGGUUGAACUCCCCCAGCUUGACAUGAUGCACAAUCUGACUACUUUACCACCAAAAGAUGUUGCUGAUCUGCUGGUAAAUGCAUACUUCACCACCGUUCAUCCUCUAUUCCCCAUUCUUCCAAAGGUAAGAUUCCUGUCUCGAUAUAAUUCCUACUACCACAACGGGAGCGACCCGCUUGCUGUUUACCCCUGGCUGGCUCUCUUAAAUAUGGUGCUUGCUCUCGGAUCUUUGUGGGCUCGUUAUACACAGAUACCGACAGGUGAAGUAGAAGACCACAGCAUAUACUGUGCUAGAUCACAGGCUUUGGCACAGGGAAUAGUCGAUCCCCGCGGAUAUCCGGACACAUACUCCUCGUUAGAACCGAUACAACUUAUCGCCAUUAGGGGAGUUUAUCAGCUUUCAACAUAUCAAAUUGCAGGAGCAUGGACAUCAGUCACUACAGCGCUGAAGUUUGCGUAUAAUCGAUCUCUCAAUGUACAAGCCACUGCCUCUGAACUCUCCGGAGAAUCCAAACAACUUGAAGCUCGCGUUUGGUACUCACUUCGAUCUCUAGAGCAGUUCCUCUGCAUACUUACAGGAUAUCCAUCUGAAUUUCAAGGUCAGCCAAUUCACAUUAGGCCGUUCCAAACUACUGAGCCAUCUUUUAUCAGAAGUCCUCUUCCUCUGGCCAACUUCAAUAUCCUAGAUAACCCAUUAGACUUGGAACUCUCCGCCGUCUACUCCUUUGACGAGGAAUACCCAUCUAGCAAUUUCAUCACCGGGCUCCGACUAGAUGAAAUUGUAAGCGAAGCCAUAAUCUCGCUGUACGGCAUGAAGUCUCUCGAUAGUACAUGGGCACAUAUCCAGGGCCUGAUAAGCGAAUUAGACAACAAGUUAAGCCAAUGGUACGCAAGCAUUGACCCUGGAUUCCCAUACACCGUCCAAUCCAUAGACAUCUGCGCUCCUCCCUCCACGAGCCUAACAUACCUGCACCUCCGCUACCUUAGCGCAAGGAUACUGAUCAACAAACCUGUUCUGUGUGAUCCGUCCGAACUAAUUCUAACCAUUCCUUACCAAUCCGAGGCGUCAAGGCAGAUGGACUCCGAUGCAGCUGUGCGUUGCAUAUCGGCUGCUAGACAGGUACUGCAGCUCCUGCCGCUGAAUAUCGAUAUCGUCGAACUACAUGGCAAGACACCUUGGUGGUGUAUACUGCAUUACAUAGUGCAGGCCAGUAGUGUACUGAUAACGGAACUUUCGUUCGAUGAGCCCCAUUUACCGAUGGAAAUGGAUGAUAUUAUUAGCCAGUCGGACCUAGCUAUUCGUUGGCUAUCCACUCUCGCUGGUACAUGUGAGUCAGCUAGCAAGGCAUGUCAUUGUAUGAAUAGCCUGCACCAUCUUGCGCUGGAGAAGCGCGAGAGAGCUACUCAGGGACACGGCCAGUGA